CCGAAAGGCAAUGCAAGCUCAGUUCAAUUUCAUCCUUGUGGUGGGAGCAAAUGAGAUGAAAAAUGGUACAGUGAAUGUGCGUUCGAGGAACAACAAGCGAUUCGGUGAGGUGCAGUUGGAGAAAAUAAUUUCUGCAUUCCGUCAGUUCGAUGAUGGCUAUGUCAGCGAUGUCGAGAAUGCUGGGUUUAAGGUCUAGAUUGUCUGCUAAUGUUUCAUGCCAACUGAUGAUGGGAAUAAUCUCC